AUGGUUCCUGAUGAGCAAGCUGCCGAAAUUGAGCAAUUUCGCGAGUCGAUACGUACAAUUAUGGAAACAUUCAGACGAGAUAAUAUGAAAGUCGUAUUUUUUGGAAGUCCCGGUGUCGAUCUUUCUCCAGAAUUUGAUAGCUGGAUCGAUAAACAUUGUCUAGACGCUGAUGUUUUCGUGCUUGUCCUGAACGCUGAAUCCACUCUCACACAAGCGGAGAAAAGCUUUUUCUAUCGUGUAGCGAAGAAACUCAGUAAACCGAAUGUCUUUAUUCUCAAUAAUCGCUGGGAUGCCAGUGCUUCCGAGUCGGAGCAUGUGGAUGAUGUAAACUUUUCAGUCUUUUUGUAGUC